AUGUUCAGCGACCCUCGCCAGGUCUUGCUGCCCGUGGAUGGAAGUGAGUCAAGUAAGCGGGCGAUGACGUGGUAUAUGGCGAAUAUCUUUCGUCCCACCGACGUGAUUCACCUUUACCAUAUCUGCGAGCCAAGCUACGCGGCCAACAAUUUCUCCCUUACCACUCUGGGACAGAGCAAAACUGAUGAGAUAAAUGCUAUGCUACAGGAACACAUUGAGCUUUCGAACACCCUCAGUCACGAUUUCCUUUCCAGGCUGGAGGAUAAGGGAGUGUCCGGUGAUUUUACCCUAACGGUUGGUACAAAACCCGGGGAGAUGAUUGUAAGCUACGCACGAGAUAUGAACGCUGAUCUCAUUGUUAUGGGCAGCCGAGGAGUGAGUGCUCUUAAGAGGACGGUUUUUGGCAGUGUUAGUGACUACGUCUUGCACCAUUCUUCUAUCCCCCUCACGGUGGUCCCCGUACCCAGGAGGGAAAAGGACUUCCGGCGCGCCUCUCUCAGGCCUAUGUAA